AUGCGAAACAACACGAACGCACGGACCGCGCCCAGGCGGGACGCAGCUGAAGACCGGUCGGGUAGCGGAGAGGAGCUCGCGCUACCAGGUAAUGACACCGCCAGUGGGGCAGCAGCAGAGACAGCCGGUGGAGAAGACCGGCAGGUGUCUUCGGUCCUAACGGAAGGGCAUGCCACAGGUGCUGAACCCGAGCCCGUGAGGCUGACCGGGACCCAAGUCAGCAGACAUGAUUCUUUGUCGGAGAGCCUCGUCGAAGGUGCUGCUCACCCCGGACUUCUAGGGUCGGCGCAUGAGCCGACUGUGUCGGAGGCUGUGGGCCCCGUUGCCAGGGAGAGCAGCACCAGAAGCGGGGAGGAUGACAGGAUGAAUGCCGCCGGCUUGGGAGGAAGCAGCUCCAUGGACGAUGCAAAAGAGCCGAACCGAAAGCGUCUGCGACGAUCUCAAGUCAUCAUGGUUGACGACGAAGAGGUGUCGGAGGAAGACGAGGAGGAGCACGCUGUGACGCGCAUCAUGGGACGUCGAGACCUGGAUUCAACCAUCCAGUAUUUAGUCCAGUGGGAAGACCGGACGUCGCUGUGGAAAAGCGCAGAUGAGCUGGGAAACUGUGCCGAGAUGGUUGCCGCGUACGACAUGUAUAUCGAAAAGCACCCGGACCAGUCGACUCCGUACGCCGCGUUCGUGGCGAUGGACAUGUCAAGCAUCAAGCUGCUGGGAGACAACCACAAGGACGACUGCGCAUUGCACGCACUUCAGAUGGCCUUCGAGCUGAUGGGAGGGUUUGAAGAAACAGCCGGCAGGUUGAAGGAGCUGUCCGAGGCGUAUCUCGAGCGCAUGGUCAUCAGCGACAGCCGCCGACAGGGGGGACUGAAGUUCGGGCAGCUGACCCAGUUCUUGAAGAAUGAAGUUCCGCGGACGGGAUGGCGCGUGAACAAGAACUCCUUCAUGAAGAACCGAUACAAAGGGACGGGAACAGGUCCGUAUGGCGUCGCACAGCUCGCGUGGCGAGACCAAGAUCCCCUUGAAGAUGGAGUGUAUCUUGUGUACGCAUUAAAGAGAAACCAGAGGGGACAUGUUGUCGCGAUGAAGAAAAGUGAGGGGACGAUGGUCGUCCGAGAAGACGGCGUCACCCAAGGCAUCAUGACGCAAACAUGGAUGCGAACAAUCUGUUUUGUACGGCGGAUCAUGGUAGAAUUGGCGUGA